AUGGAGAAUUAUACCAUAGUGCAUGAGUUCGUUUUGCUGGGAUUUAGUGACUUGCCAAACCUACAGAUCCCACUCUUUGGUUUUUUCCUAACAGUAUAUAUUAUCACAGUGACUGGAAAUGCUGGGAUGAUCCUAUUAAUCAGGAUGAGCUCACAACUUCACACCCCCAUGUACUUCUUCCUAAGCAAUUUGUCUUUUGUAGAUCUCUGUUACUCUUCUGUUGUCACACCCAAAAUCCUACUAGACAUGGCUGUAAAGAAAAGAAAUAUUUCGCUGAUUGGAUGUGCUCUACAAAUGUGGUUUUUCUGUCUCUUUUUAGCCACUGAAUGUUUCCUCUUGGCUGUAAUGGCAUAUGAUCGAUAUAAGGCCAUUUCCAAUCCACUUUUGUACACAGUCAUCAUGUCACAGAGAUUGUGCACCAGGUUGGCAAUCAUUCCUUACCUUGUAGGAAUGCUGAAUGCUGCCACACAUACAACUUUAUCUUUUCAGCUGACCUUCUGUCAUGACAAUAUAAUUAACCAUUUCUUCUGUGAUAUCCCUGCAGUCAUAUCCUUAUCCUGUUCAGAUACUCAACUCAACAAGGGAGUGCUUUUUGGUCUAUCUUGCACCCUUGGUAUUGUAAGCACUUCUAUUAUUGUUGUUUCUUAUACCUACAUUGUUCUAGCCAUCCUGAGAAUCCGCUCCAAUGAGGGCAGGCGCAAAGCUUUUUCGACCUGUUCAACCCAUCUCACAACAGUAUCUAUCUUUUAUGGAACCCUCUUCUUCACCUACGUGAGACCCAGCUCCUUCUCAACGGUAGAUGAGGACAAAAUUAUCUCCAUGUUCUACACUGUGGUGAUCCCCAUGUUGAACCCUUUGAUCUAUAGCUUGAGGAACCAGGAUGUAAAAGAAGCAAUGAGGAAAUUGACUAUAGGCAAAAAGUUCCACACAAAAUAA